AAAUAAAAAUGAAUGAUUAGCACACAAUCUCCAAAAUGACUUGUUUGUUGUGUUGCUAGAAAAUUAGGCUGUAUUGAAUUAUUUUAUUUAUAAAUGUGUUUUCACCAACACUGUGUUUUGUAUUUAUUUAUUUAUUAUUAUAUAAUUGUUGAUAAAAGCAUGGAGUCCAGUGUAUUUCUGAAAAAGAUUUAUCACGACCUCUAGGUUUUCGCUACCUACUUGGUUUUCGCCGCAGAUAUUCUCAAAAAAUACGCUCAAAUAUAGUUAAGCAAAUAAGGAUAAAAUAUUAUUUAUAAUGGCUAAUUCCGUGAACAUAUCAGUCGAGGCACCAAUCGAAAAUCAAAUACAAGAAAUUACUUAUGAUGGACAGGAAAUUUAUCAAGCGCCACUUUCUAUGUCAGAAAAUCUCACUCGAUUGGCUCAAAAAAUAGACUUUUCUAAGAGUGAAGAUGAUUUCUGCAACAUCAAGAAGGAAGGUGAAAGCAGUUCGGAGGUGAAGUCGGAAGACGAGAGUAAGGACCAAGGUUACCAAUCUAACCAAUGGCCAUGGGAGUCUGUGCGUAACAAAUUGAGGAAUGCGCUUACUGAAGUCUGUGUGCUGGCUGAUGUACUUAGUAUUGCAAAGGAAAAAAGGUACAUGGUAUUAGACCCAGUGCAGCCAGAACAGGCUGAAAAUAGGCCUAUGGUGCAAGUAUAUGGUCGGAAGAAAGCUUUAGCUGCUGCUGCUGCAGUGCUCCUUGCUGGAGUAGACCGUCUCCGAGCCAGUGAGACCAUGAGGACGGCAAGGAACAUGCCAGACUUCCACAUAGACUUGUUGAGGCUUCGCCAGAACUGGCGCUUAAAGAAAGGCUCUAGUGGAAUUGUUGGGGAUUUAAGCUACAGGACUGCGGGCUCUAAGUUCAGCCAGAUUGGAGUUUUUGAGGUGAGGAAGGCGCCGGAGCAGCAGCCGACGCUGAGCGCGGGCCCGGCGCUGCCGUCGGCGCUGCGCGUGUUCGUGCCGCCCGAGCUGCAGGGCGUCGCCUUCAUCUCCGUGCUCUGCCAGAAAGAACAAGAAGACGUGGUGACAGCGACGCUGAGCUCCUCAGCGCUGAACUGCCCCGGCACGCUGCAGGGGGACAACGCGGAGCUCCACUGGCAGCAGAAGCUGGAGGCCGCUCAGAAUGUCUUGUUCUGUAAGGAACUGUUCGCUAGACUCGCCGCUGAAGCGGUCCAGCUUGACGCUUCUAUACCGCACAUGGUUGUGGGCAACCAGAUUAUGGCCACGGUGUUACCAGGUAUUCAGUUGUUGAUUGGUCUCUGCCAUAACAAUGGGCAAAAUACGGCCGGUUCAAGUUCAGACAAUGUAAAGAACGAGAACGGCGUAUCGUCAGGCAGCGGCGGCGGCGGCGGCAAGUCUGACCACGACCACGUGCUGGAGCACUCGCUGCACCAGCUGCUGCGCGCGGUGCAUCACUCCAACACGCACCAUCCCUUCCCGCAUCCUGCCACCGGCCCGCUGGGGCCUUCCAAGCGACGCUGUUUGGCUGGUCCAAUGGCGGCGGACAGAUACGAGUUACUGGACAUGAGCAAGGAGCAGUCGUUGUUGGAACAGAUAAUACAACAAGCGCAACACUUCUUCAUGAGGCGUCGCAGCGAAUAUGUCUUGGACACCAUAGCUAAGGAGGUAAAAGAUCCUCUGAUCGUCUCACAUUGGAACGCGCUGAACAGUCCCACACAGUCAUGUGUCAAGAUCAACAUAAUGGCUUACGGUUACGACGCAGUGUGCAGAACCUCGUUAGUGGUUCACGUGGGAGAGAAGACUCUCAAGUGCAUCUGCCGCGACGGGAAAGUGAGGCAUCUGUCCUACGAGCUCCAGGAGCUUAGGGACCUCAUAUACUGCCAGAUCUACCAGCACCAGAUGACGGCGGUGCAGGCGGUGGGGCGCUGCAUGGGCUGGCAGCUGCUGGCGUCCAGCGCGCACCUCGGCGCGGGGCCCGUGGAGCCGCUCGGCAACGCCUCCUCCUGUCUGCUCGUCUCUCCCUCCGGUGACAGAAUGAUAGCAAUCAGAUGCGAGCCUUCAGUGGGAAUUCAAGUGUUCAUAGCACAAUCGCCAAGAAAAGAUUUCUUUGCUAGUGAACUUGUGCAAGACAAGAAAUGGGAGAACUUGGGAGGAGCCUUCAAGGAGAUCAAACUUGACAAAAUGGAGGGAAAGAACUUCUUAAACAAAAUGGAACUUCUCAUGGCCUGUCUGAGCAGCACUUCAUAAAACUAGAAUUAUGAAUUAACUAUAUAUGUGUUAGGAAUAAACAAUAAAAAAGAUUUCAUAAU